CGGCGCGCGGGCUGACAUCACCGCCGCGCGAGCACCGACGGCUGCGGCGGCUCCCCCGGGCGGGCGGUGCCGGGCUCCGGGCCUCGGGCUCCGCGCUCCGGUCCCUGCCCGUGUCCCGCCCCGCUCCCAGCGCAGCGGCUCCCGCUCCCGAGCCGCCUUUUCCUCGUUGUUUUAUACCCGCCCUCCUCCUCCUCCUCCUCCUCCUCCUCCCUCCGCGCCGCGCAUCUCCCGCCGCCCGCGGAGCUCCCCGAGCCCUCCGCCGCCUACCGCAUGACUGUCACCAAGGAUCGAGGAGCACCCACGUUUCUCUGAUCCCUGUGUCCGUUCCUGGGUGUCCGGAGGCACCUCAGCCCGCGAAGCAGAGCAGGGCAGAUGUCAUGGCGCCCGCAGUACCGCAGCUCCAAGUUCCGGAACGUCUACGGGAAGGUGGCGAGCCGGGAGCACUGCUUCGACGGCGUCCCCAUCACCAAGAACGUGCACGACAACCACUUCUGCGCCGUCAACGCCAGCUUCCUCGCCAUCGUGACGGAGAGCGCCGGCGGCGGCUCCUUCCUCGUCAUCCCCAUCGAGCAGACAGGCCGGAUCGAACCGAACUACCCCAAAGUCUGUGGCCACCAGGGCAACGUGCUGGACAUCAAGUGGAAUCCCUUCAUUGAGAACAUCAUCGCGUCAUGCUCCGAAGACACCUCGGUGCGGAUCUGGGAGAUCCCCGAGGGCGGCCUGAAGAGGAACAUGACAGAGGCUGUCCUGGAGCUGUACGGGCACAGCCGGCGCGUUGGCCUCGUGGAGUGGCACCCAACCACCAACAACAUCCUCUUCAGCGCUGGCUAUGACUAUAAGGUCCUCAUCUGGAACCUGGAUGUGGGGGAGCCAGUGAAGAUGAUCGAUUGCCACAAGGACGUCAUCCUCUGCAUGUCCUUCAACACGGACGGCAGCCUCCUGGCCACCACUUGCAAGGACAAGAAGCUGCGGGUGGUGGAGCCACGCUCCGGCAGGGUCCUGCAGGAGGCGAGCUGCAAGAACCACCGCGUGAACCGGGUGGUGUUCCUGGGCAGCACCAAGCGGCUGCUCACCACCGGGGUGUCGCGCUGGAACACGCGGCAGAUCGCGCUCUGGGACCAGGAAGACCUGACCAUGCCCUUGAUAGAGGAAGAGAUUGACGGGCUCUCGGGGCUCCUCUUCCCAUUCUAUGAUGCUGACACUCACAUGCUGUACCUGGCUGGCAAGGGUGACGGGAACAUCCGCUAUUACGAGAUCGGCUCGGAAAAGCCCUACCUGAGCUAUCUCAUGGAGUUUCGCUCCCCAGCCCCACAGAAAGGACUGGGGGUGAUGCCCAAGUACGGGCUGGACGUGUCGGCCUGCGAGGUCUUCAGGUUCUACAAGCUCAUCACGCUCAAGGGGCUGAUCGAGCCCAUCUCCAUGAUCGUGCCGAGGAGGUCAGAGACGUACCAAGAGGACAUCUACCCCAUGACCCCGGGGACGGAGCCAGCCCUCACCCCGGAUGAAUGGCUCAGCGGGGUCAACCGAGGUAAAGCCAUGGAUGCUGUGCUGGGGGGUGACAAGGGAUGCAGGAUGGGACCGCGGCCGCCCCUGACCUCCUUCCCCCCCCCUCUGCUCCACACAGAUCCCAUCCUGAUAUCGCUGAAGGAGGGCUACAAGAAGACAUCCAGCAUCAUCUUUAAGGCCCCGGUGAAGGCGAAGAGGAGCGUCCUUGUGAACGGCAUAGACCUCCUGGAGAACGUGCCGCCGCGGACGGAGAAUGAGCUCCUCCGGAUGUUCUUCCGGCAGCAGGACGAGAUCCGGCGGCUGAAGGAAGAGCUCUCACAGAAGGACAUCCAGGUCCGGCAGCUCCACCUGACCCUCAAGAACCUGCGGAACAACCCCAAGAACAAUUAACUUGCAGGGCUGUUUUCUAAACGAACUGCCUCUGUUUAUACUCGCUCUUUACUCUCCCUGUAUCCACUCACACACCACACGAGCCACAACCAAGUGACCUGCCAAGAGCCCGCAAAGCUAACUGGAAAUAACGUCCUCCUCGUCCCGUCUAGCACUAAAACUGCUUUAACCGAGAGCUACUGCAUGAGAGGCGGCCGGGGGGGGUCCCCGCCAGCCCCCGGGCCAUGAGCUUGGAGUAAGUAGUGGAGCCGCAUCCCCUCCGUCGGGAUGAGGCGGCACGGGGAGGGCGCGAAGCUUCGUUGCUGUGCGUGUGUUUCCUAUGCAAAGACGCGAGGGCGGGCGCAGAACUGGAACAGGGGUGGGAAGGGCUUGGGUCACAAACACAGGGUGGGAUGUGGGGACCCUUCCCAUGGCAGCGGCGGUGGAACAGCUCCAGCACGGCCGGGUUUGGGCAGGAGCAGCCGGUGAGGGUCACAGCCUGCGGAACGGAGUCGCUCCGCACGUGUGCGUGCAUCCAUGCACUGGGUCCUUAACCCCCCCCCCCCCGAGAGGCUGGGUUCCCAAACAGAGAGGGGUUUUGCUCCCUCUGACUCUGCAAAGAGGGACUCAUCGUCCUCCCGUCCGCUGCCAGUGCCAUGGGGAGGGGGACAGAUGUCACCCAGCUCACCCCAGGGGUGAGGGUACCCAAGGGAUGGAUGCAGUGGUGCGGAGCUGUGCGCGGUGGGGUUCAGCACGCCUGUACAAUCAGUGUUUUGUGGAUGAGCACAGGAAUGACACCAAAUACUGCUGGUUUACCUAUAUAUAUAUAUAUAUAUAUUCACUAAACCCAGUUGCUGAACUGCCCAGCACCACCAGUGUGAUGGAUUCUCCUCCCCGUUAACUCACCCUGUGCCCGCACCCGCUGCUCCCCCCUCUUUACAUGUGCUGUCAUUGCCUAUUAUUUAUGCUACCACGGAAUAGUGAUGAAAUAAAAUGUUUUCAAGAUACCAAA